GCCAUUCACCGCCUACAACAAACUCCUAGCUUUGAUCUACAAAGUACAACGAAGUCGUCCACGGGAUCCCUACCUCUCACAAUAGGGCAAACAUGUGGAAAUAUGUCACCUUCACCAUCUUCAACCGUUCAGCUCCCAGAUAAUGUCCAAGGAUGCCUCCACGGGAAGGUUGUCCAUGGCGUCGUCACUUCACCCCUCCGACCCUUCAUCAUCGACUACAUACUCCCGUCAUGCCACUCCAACCUCCGACCAACGCGGGCAGAGCUUUGGAUAUGACCGAAGUCCUACUCCAUCCCGACUCUCAGCGUCGCCUUCACCGGGCCCCCCAUCUCGAGAGGGGACGCCGUUGAGCAGCUUUGGGGGAAACGAGUCGCGGUUGGGCACGCUGCGAAGACAUCGGCCAAGGAGCACAGGAGGGUUUCUCUUGCCUUCUUUAGGGAAACACACCGAGCCAAAGGGGUCAGGGAGGAUAUCGCAAGUUGAUAGCCGGAGAGGGUCGGGCAAGAGCAAUGGAAAGGCACCGUAUCCUUAUCCAAGAGCUUCUCCAAGAGUCACCCCAGAACCGCCAUCUGCUCCACACAGACACCGAGACUCAACGACCAGUUCAAGAAAUACGUCUACAGGACAAAGUGCGGGUAUGUCUGAGGACCUGAGAGAAAGCACAAAGCAUCAGGACCAGGAUGAUCAAGAAAUUCAACCGGUCCAAGAUGCUCUCUUCGACCCCGGGCGGCCGACAUCUGCGACGUCGAGCAUUGACCCUAUGCAACUUGUCCAUAUGGCCCUCAACCUCAGCGAAACGCGUCGAAGAACCUCCCAUAAUUCCCAGUUUCUAACCGGGGGACGGAACGCCUCCGGCGGGUUUUCCCCGACACCCCGCGCUGGAAUCCAUCAGAACUAUAGCGGGGGAAAUUUACGAGUACAUCUUCAGCGGCAACGGCAAGCAUCGCAGACCUUCAGCGCUGGGAGCUCUUCCCCAACGUCGAUACCGUUGUCCAUACCCGGCUCACCGCCUACGGUUGUCCCGCUAAGCGACUUCGCGUUCUCUGAUGCCACCCUGAAGCGGGCGGAGAAGUUUCGAGCAUACAUGGAACUGAAGGUUGAGCAUUGGAGGUUGUUGCAGUUUCUACCGCCCUUGAAAUCGAGCAGCGAGGCUCCCGGCAACUCCUAUUACACUUCGACGGGCAUUCCUGGAUCUUCAAACGUGGAUCUGAAGAGGGUGCCGUCUCACUCCGGGAAAGUUCACCCACUUGGACGCGAAUAUAAUCCGAUGCAAUUAAUCCGGGACCGGAAGUUACGCAACCGCUCUAGGAUUGAGUUACGGCCUACUCCCGAACAUUGGACUGACGUCGUACGCGUCCGGUACUGGAUUGAUACUGUUCAGCAUGCUGCACGCCAACCGGACUACCGAGGCGGAGAUAACGUCCGGCUACCUCAAUAUGCCGAGCAUGGGCAUCCAACAAGCCAUGGGCGCACUUCUGGUAUUGGACCAGGCUGGAAAUCAAGGCGACAACCGGAUUGGACCGCGGAGCCAUCCGAACUCUUAGCGGAUGCAUACUGGCUUGAACAAGAUGCUCACAAAGCUGAAAUAGAAAAGCGAAACGGAAACAAAAUCUUCCCGAGCUUUGAGUCCGACGUCGCAGGGCAGCUUCCUGCGACGGAGUCAACCUCCCAAGUCCGUCCUAGCCUGGAGGUUCCUCGAGACCCGCACCGCCGCAGAAAUUCCGCGCUAUCGAACACGGCCUUGUCUAUAAAAUCCACGGAAUCUGAGCCAAGUAUUCCAAGCGAUGAACGAGAUCCGGAUUCUAAUCGAGGACGGCGGCACAAGCGUCGAUUCCUCGGCAAGGGAAGCCGCGAUGAGGGGUCUGGAAAUAACCCUCUCAAGCAAGCGUGGAACAUGGCUGCUCGAGCCAGAAGCCCGAGUUCGAGCGGAUUAAGCAGUACGGACUCGGAGUAUGAGGGCAAGGAGCGCAAGAGGCGGAGGAGGGCGCCCAGAGAAGGCGAGGAGAACACUGCGCCUUUGGAACGCUUUAUGGCGCAGCAACUCCGCGUGAGCGCCGCCCAUCUUGCUCCUGAUCAGGGCACCACAGCUUUAGUUAGCCCGGGAACUCCUGAUAAAUGGGGAAGGGAGGGGGUAAAGCCAUCCAACGAGCCACAACCUAGCUCGAGUCCCACCUCGCCGGAACUCGCUGUCAUGAAAACUCCCCCGAAACAAGUCGGUCGACAAAUUCCCACUAUCCAACUCGACCAGCGGCAGAAAUCGCCUUCGACAGGGUCAUCGAUGGAUGCCGAUCGGAACAACUCCACGACACCCAGUUCUCCGCUUGUCCAAGCUCUGUCACAUAACAUGGCCGUCAUUUCCCCUGCCUCCAGCCGCAAACAAAGCCCGACGAGAGACAAGAAGUUUACUAGGCAUCUACCGAAAUUUGGCGGCGAGCUGGCCAAACUGGUGAAGCGGGUUGACCAAGAGAGCGACGACAGAAGCUCUCGGCAAGCAAGCGGUGAACGAGAGAGAUCUGGAAGUACUAGCCAAGGCAUGGGUGCGAAUGGUGGAAUAUACCCGAAGUCGGCCAUUCCUGUGCCAGUUCAGAAGGAUGACGUGCCAAUCACUGGGCAGAUGGCUCCUAUCGGCUAUAGGAAACGCUCAAAGGACGAGAAAGAGCCCGGAUCAUCUGUUUCGAGAUUUUUUAGAGGGCGGCUAGGCGAUAUUGGACGUGGGAAUAACAAGCAUGAUGUUAAUUCAGAUUCUCACACCAAUGGCGAGGACGAAUCGGACACGACCGAAGAUGAUGAAGUUAUGAAGUCAAAGAAGACGGCAAUUCACACACAGUCGACAUCUAACCUGGAACGCCGACGAGAGACCACCAUGCCACGAUACCGGGGCGAGUUGCCGACAUUCAGACACCUCGACGUACAUUCGAUCCGAGAAGAUAUGUCGGAACCGUCCAAUCCCGACCACAUCUCCGCCCAGAAGGCUGCACAAAGCGCCAAUCGCUCACCCCGCCUCGACCGAUUAAAGGAUGACCUUGGGCGCAUCCAAACUGCUUCAUCUCCGGAACUCUCCAAAUGGCCGAGUGAGCAAGCCGUAGAUGACUCCCAGUUCUUGGACGUCGAUAACGCUGCUUCGAGGCGACUGUGGAAGCCAACUAGCAGAAAGGACACAAACCGAGCAUCAAAAUCGAGUGCACGUCUUGCUGCUGUCGUGGGCAGAGGGGCCCGAACCUCUAGCACCGGACGGGUUCGCCCGGAUCGAAGAUCCUAUACUUCACACUUAUCUGCUAGCAGAAGCCGCAGUCGAGGUGGGCUCUCUGUGAAUCAAGAUGACACCAUGUACCCAAGAUCCCACCGACACUGGUCUAUCUCGCAACACAGCAAUCGAAAAGCAAGCAGUAUUGUGAGCGGCAAUGAUGCUAACGCCUCCAUAACAGGGGAGGAUGAAGAACUAGAGACCGUCGACGCGAAGAGCAUCGCACGGAUCGAGGCGCUGCUGCUUUGUGCCGGGAUCAAAGCCCGGAGUCUUUACUUGCGGGAAGUCGAUGUGAGGGGUGCUCGAGCGGCACCCGGUCGUCAUGAUGUCGAGCAAGAAGCAAUGCCGGAGUUCCUACGCGAAGCCAUCAAUGGCGAAUGUAUCUCCCACAAUAUAUUGGGUGAGAUGCGACAGAAGUUCUCCGAGGCCGAUGUUGAAGAACUCGCGCCGUCCAACCUCCGCUCCAUCGACGAAUCCAUGCAGGAGGCCUUUACCCUCGCGCAACACAGCCAGUCGCACCACCAGCUGGUCACGAUCGGUUGCCGCACUCUAUCCUCGUCACUCAACAACCUCUCUCUUACACUUAAACAACAAGGCACUCUCUUCCAGUCCCAGGCCUCAAGCAUCUCCACGCACCUCUCCUCCUUUCGCGAGCUCACCAGCGAUGACCUCUUACCGAAUACUCUCCUCUUGUCCGAUACCGCGGACAACAUCACUGGGUCUCUAUCCCGCGACCUCACGCUGGAGCUGCGUCGCGUCAAUGAGCGGGUCGAGCGGCUGAUCCGGAUGCGACGCAGGCGGUUCCGAUGGGUGCGCCGAGUUGGGUUUGUGUUGCUAGAGUGGAUGCUGCUCGGGAUCAUGUGGUGGGUAUGGUUCGUCUGGGUCGUGCUAGUGAAAGGAUCGAUUACCGUGGUGAGGGGUGUUGGAAGGGCCAUUUUAUGGUGCUUUUGGGUGGAUUGAGACUUUUCGUCUGUUCGGAACAAUGGAGAUUGAGACAAUACCGGUAUACCCUGUCUGGAGCUUCCGGUCUCCUAGACGAGAGACUUGGGCAACGUAGAACUCCUUCUAGCUUCGAUUCCUUUGUCGCUUAGUAUCUUUCAUGGGUUCUUUCAUGAAUUCUUUUGCAUAGCCUGUUGGUCUGAAUAAGCAAAUGUCAGCUGGUCACGCUGUUACAAAUCGUCGUGUAAUUAUACAGAACGAGAAGUUUUCCAUUCGCAUACUCGAGAACUGGUGUCAUUUGCUUCAUAUUGCGGUCUGAUGUACGAUACUCAGAUUAAUUCAAAAUGGGAGUCGUCAAGAUUAAUCACUUCCAAUGCUCUGUC